CGCUGUCAAACGAACUAGCGUUCCUCUCGGUGACGAACCCGAGGAAGAAGCAACGACGAAAAGUCACGGAGGGAGAGGGUAGUUGUUCAGUCGGGGAGCCCUAACGACGGCAACACUUCCUCUUCUUCUUACAGAUUCUGCAGGGACUCUCUGAAUCGAGCCAAGAGGGAAUGCGAUUUCGUUGGGUGCCGGGCUGGUUGCCAACCCAAAAGGCCUGACUGUUUCGCCGGCUUCUUGUGCUAGAAGAGUAAUCGAGAGCCAUUCACACCAAAAGCGAACCGCCACGCGAAUCGAUGUCUGCCCCGCCGCUUAAUUCCGCCGGCGGAUACAACCUCGAGUUCCAUGCUCCUUCCGACGACGCCUGGUACAGCGUCCGCGCGAUUUUCAAUGGAAAGAAGAAGGAGUUGACGGUGAAGUUCGAGAACUUCGGCGACGGAGAAGACUUGGUUUUCAAGCCGGACAGGUUUGUCACUGCCUGUGACCUCGAGGAGUUCGAAGCUCGAUUCAGGCCUGUUUCUCAUCAGCUGCAAGACUGGGAGUGCCGGGAGGCUAAGAAAGGAAUGCUGGUCUGCGUUUCUCACUCCGCCGACGGCUUGGACAACCGCUUCUACGACGCCACCAUUGAAGAGGUGAUUCAUAAAGAUCAUUCGGUUGUCAAUGGAGAAGAAGUGUGUUCAUGUGCAUUUGUGGUUGUUUGGAAACAUGGUCCAGCUAAACAUCUGCUGCACAGGAAGAAGAUCGAAAGCAUUUGCAUUGUUCAAUCUGUUUCAGAGCUUGAUCCUGCGGUAGCCAGUUUCUUGGAGGUAGCUAGACAGGAGAUUGAAGGUGGUGCUUGUUUCAAAACUCCUCCUUUUUCCACCCAUGAAUUUUCUCCUGGGGAAAGAAAGGGAAGCCAGAGGUCUGCUAGUGGAAUGUGGUUCAUGCAAGGUGAUGACAAAUUCAAGGUUGGAACUCAAGAAGGGCUGGAUGUUGGUGAACUCCCAUUGCUAGGGCAAAAGGAAAGAACAAGAAGAAAGUACAAGUAUGCAUUUGAGUUCCAGCUCAGCUGA